AUGACAGUAUCGCCGCCCGAGAGCGUCACGAUCGGCGUGCUUGCGCUGCAGGGCGCGUUUAUCGAGCACAUCCAUUACCUUGAGCGCGUACAACCCCAAGGGACGACCGUCAAGGCCAUCGCGGUGCGCACGCCAGAGGAGCUUGCACUCUGCGACGCCCUAGUAAUCCCCGGCGGCGAGUCCACUGCCAUCACCCGCGUCGCAGCGCGCACCCACGGCCUCCUCCCCGCUCUCAUCGAGUUCGUCUCCAACCCCUCCCGCCCCGUAUACGGCACAUGCGCCGGCAUGAUCCUGAUGGCGGACGAUGUCGGCGGCGGCAAGCGUAAAGGUGACGGCGGGCGUUGGGGCGGGAUGCGCGGCCUCAAAGUCUGGCGCAACCUUUAUGGGGGACAACUCGAGAGCUUUGAAUGUCCCAUGGUCAUUCCGUGCUUGAAGGGGUCGGAACCGUUUAAUACGAUUUUCAUUCGCGCGCCAGCAGUCCAUUCUCUUACUGGGGAGGUUGAGACCGAGGUUUUGGCUGCUUUGCCAGAAGGCUGCGUCGCGGCCCCGCCGCCCAAUGAUAGUCCCCUCGGAGAGCCAGAUGUCCAGCUCACGGGGGCGGUCAUGCUUCGUCAAGGGCGUAAGCUCGUUACGUCGUUCCACCCAGAGUUGAGCGGCGAUGCGCGGAUCCACGAGUACUGGGUCGAGAAGUGUGUUCUGGGCCUGUGA